AACAGCCAAUAGCGACCUUUCUUACUGAGGAGUUGGCAGCAGUGGUUGUCCUGGUAACGGAUAGGACGCGUUGUUCAGCAGCUAGAACAGACUUUAUCUUGGUUCGUUAGUUGGUUAGUUAUGGACGCUUCAGGGAUAAACACAAGUUUUUCGUUUCUUUGGCGAAACUCGAAGAAGGAAAAAGACGACAGAGCCUCUUUGUUUCAUGUGGUUUCCAGUCAAAUGAAAGAGGAUGUGGUGAUACAGCAGCUGCUGGUGGUUGCCCGGCUCCCCCUCGAUGGUGGUGGGAGGACAGAGCUGGGAGAUUAUUAUGGAAAACUUAUCUUUAAGUUAAGAACACGUCUCCCGUUGGAAAAGAUAACGGGCCUGCUGCUGAUUUAUCCAACCUGCCUGUUACACGUCGUUGAGGGGUCAAGAGAAGCCCUAAAUUCUGUUUUAAAAGACAUGGCUCGACAGCCAGAGAGUGCAUUGCUGGACGCUAAGAUCGUCCUCGUGGGUCACGGCCUUCAAAGCAGACUCUUCAAAGACUGGAACUACAAGGUGCUGGAAGCAGAUCAGGCUGCUAGCAAGGCUGCGGUGGAAGGAGACGAGGAGCAGAACACGGAAACUCUAGUCUGCAGAGUCCUUUCAGCUCUACAAGAACUGAAAACACAUCUGGCAGCAGGGUCUUUUCCUGGACCAGUGCUAGAUGAGAGAACGGAGUUGAUCGUUUCUCAGAAUGUUUUGGAGAAGCUUUUGAGUCAAGAUGAUUUUAUGAGCCCACAGCAGCACCUGGAGAUCUACAGCUCACCUUUAAACAUCAGCGGGGAACUUGGAAAAGUCGAUCCAAGAUCCUUAUUUCCCGAUAUUUAAAUUUCCGGACUAAAGGUCAAAGAUGGGGCUGGAGUCAUCAGAUUUUUAACAUGCGUGGAUGAAAUGGUCCAUUUGAAGGCAAGCAGUGAUGAUACGCCUGAAUUUAAACAAAGGAAGUAAAGCAGUGAACAACAACCACUUAAAUAAAAAGUUCUGAAUCUGCAGUUCGAACCUUAUGGGAGACAGACUCCGUUUCCUCAUCAGUUCCCCCUGGAUACUCCCCGCUUGUUUCAUGUCUAAGUUCACAAAACAAAAUAGAAAAAUAAAUAAAAAUCUUGUUCAAGAUCACAAAUGAAUGGAUUUAAUUUCUGGACCACAGUUUUACUAACUGCCAGGUUGACUGAAUUUCAGAACAGCUACGAACGGUUUUCUAAUGAACAUGUUGGA